AUGGUGAGCCCUGAAGGCAGGGGGCCUGUGGAGGGUGCAGACUGUCACAGUGUGGAAAUGAAGUGGGUCAAAGUUCCCAUCCUGAAAAGCAGUGGAACUGGGCCCAGAAGUGAACCCUGCACUUUUAGCCUUGGAGUUCAUGCCCUGAGAAUCUCUGACAUCAAAGUUGUCGGGGCCAUCGGGAACCUGGAAACUACCCCAGAUGCAAGGAUGGUCCUGAAACAGCAAAAAUGGACUCAGAGAAACCAAAUGCAGACAUGCACACAAGUGGUGACAGUUCUUUCAGAUUUUAUCAAGAGGUUCAGUCCAACUGUCUUGCCACUUUCAUGUCCACCUGUUGAUGAGACUUUGCCAAGAGUCGGAAAUGAAUACCUGAGGGUCCAGGCCAGAGAGCUGGUACAACACAUGAAAAAGAACAAGCAACUGAAUUUCCACAAUGACUGGAAGCUCAUCAAUGUCUUCUUCGAUGCCCAGAGCCAGUGUCUUCCUUGUCCCUCCAGCCAACAGGAUGGUCACAUGACUAGCAGUAUGCAGGAACUAACAAGACUCUUGGACUUUUUGCAUCAGGAGGUCCCUAAAGCCUUUGUGAAUCUGGUGGAUACCUCAGAGGUUGGAAGUUUAUCUCCAUCACAUCAGGGGGAUGGAAUCAGGGGCCUGAAGGACAUGUGUGAGUGCUCAAAGGAUCCUUCUCAACUGGCCACAGCUGUGCAGAAAUGGUACUAUCAGAACUCAUGGGAAAAACUCCUGGUGUCGGGCAGGUAUGACACAAAAGAUACUUUCACAGUAAUUUAUCAACCUGUCCUCCAGGAGAUGGAUCCUUCUCUUUUCCUGGGUAGGCAAGCUUCUGGCCACUCCCCGAACGAGUCAUCAACUGCCCUUGCCUUGAGUCUCUGGAAUGGUAUGAUGGAUCCAACCGGAAGGAAGGAAGAAUUAUUCCCAGCAGGACAAGGAAUUUCAGUGAACUGUCCUACCCAGGAGCAUCCCUAUCUAUUCACCUACAAAAAUAGUGAUUUCUUCCCUGUCUCACCGAAAAUCACCAGGAUGUCUGAGGUGGGAGAAGGAACAGAAUUUCUAUGUCCUGAUGUGGAUCCCUCAGAUGUGGUGCCCACUUCAGUUCAUAAUUUGAGACCUGCUGAUAUCAAGGUGAUUGGAGCCAUGGGAGACUCAAUUACUGCAGGUAAUGGUGCAGGAUCCAUAUCCGGCAAUAUCGUUGACGUCCUAAUUCAAUACCGAGGUCUGUCUUGGAGUGUCGGCGGAAAUGAGAACAUCAGCACUGUUACCACCCUAGCAAACAUCCUCCGGGAAUUCAACCCAUCCUUGACUGGCUUCUCCACUGGCACUGGAAAUGAGAACAGCUCAACAGCCUUCCUGAAUCAGGCUGUGGCAGGGGCCCGAUCUGAGGACCUGCCUAGCCAGGCUAGGAGAUUGGUGGACCUGAUGAAGAAUGAUACAAGGAUCAAUUUCCAAGAGGACUGGAAGAUAAUAACCCUGUUUAUAGGAGGUAACGACCUCUGUACGUCCUGCCAGGACCUGGCUCACUUUUCUCCUCAGAACUUCACAGGAAACAUUGGUGAGGCUCUAGACAUCCUUCAUGAAGAGGUUCCCCGAACCUUCGUGAAUCUGGUAACUAUACUAACAAUUUCCAGUCUAAGGGAGCUGUACCAGGAGAAGGAAAUCGACUGUCCAAGGGUGAUACUCAGGUCCAUGUGCCCUUGUGUGCUGCAGUUUGAAGACAAUUCCACGGAACUCGCCACCCUCAUUGAGUUGAAUAAACAAUACCAGGAGGCAACUCACCAGCUGGUUGACAGUGGGAGAUAUGAUACCAAGGAGGAUUUCACAGUGGUUUUGCAGCCAUUUUUGGAGCACGUGCCUAUGCCAAAGACCCCGGAGGGAUUGCCUGACAGCUCUUUCUUUGCUCCAGAUUGUUUUCAUUUUCACAGUAAGGGCCAUGCACAUAUGGCCAGGGGCCUCUGGAACAACAUGCUGGAACCACUUGGAGAGAAGAAUAAUGCUACUCGACUUGAAAACCUUACCGAUCUAAUUUGCCCUAGUCAGGAUCAGCCCUACCUUCGAACCUACAAGAACAGCAAUUACACGUACCCAACGAUAGCAACAGCCACCGCAGCAGCAGCGCCAACUGCGACAACCAGGAGCCCUAAUCAGGGUUAUGGGAGCCAGUUGAAGUGUGAAGACAGAGCCCCUUCUCCCUCUCUUCCAACCUCAGUCCAUGCUCUGAAGCCAGCAGACAUUCAAGUUGUUGCAGCUGUGGGUGAUUCUCUGACUGCUGGAAAUGGAAUUGCCUCAGAUCCAGAUGAUCUCUCUGAUGUCAGCACUCAAUAUCGUGGACUGUCUUACAGUGCAGGAGGUGAUGCCUCACUAGAGAGUGUGACCACCUUGCCCAAUAUCCUACGAAAGUUUAAUAGGAACCUAACAGGCUUCGCACUGGGCGUGGGGAGUGCUGAUGAUGCCAACGCCUUCCUCAAUCAGGCUGUCCCAGGAGCAAAGGCUGAGGGACUCAUAGAGCAAGUCCAGACCGUGGUACAGAAGAUGAAAACUGAUGAGAGAAUUGAUUUCCCAAGAGACUGGAAGGUGAUCACUGUGCUCAUCGGGACUAAUGACCUUUGUGACUACUGUACUGACUCAAAUUUAUAUUCAGCCACCAAAUUUUCUGCUCACCUCCGAGAUGCCUUGGAUUUCUUGCACAAAGAGGUACCCAGAGCUUUGGUCAACGUCGUGGACUUUAUGAACCCCAUCAUCCUGCGGGAAGUGUUCCUGGGUAACCAAGACAAGUGUCCGAUACUGCAGGCAAGCCUUUCGUGUAACUGCCUCCUGAUGGUCAGAGAAGGCUCUCCAGAGCUGGCCAGAAUGAAAGAAGUCAUCAAGGCCUACCACACCAGCAUCCGAGAGUUGGUGGAUUCAGGCCGCUAUGACACCAGAGAGGACUUCACAGUGAUACUGCAGCCUUUUUUUGAAAACACCAAGCUUGCCAACCAGUCGGAUGGAAGCCCAGAUGUCUCCUUCUUUGCCCCAGACUGUAUCCAGCCAAGUCAGAAAUUCCACUCCCAGCUCUCCAGAGCCCUUUGGAACAAUAUGCUUGAACCAUUAGGGAAGAAGAUGGAUUUCUUGGAUUUGACAGCAGAUAUAGCUCUAUCCUGCCCAACCCAGGAGGAGCCCUUCCUGAGGACCUACAGGAACAGUAACUAUACAUACCCAGUCAAUCCUGUUAUUGAGAACUGGGGCAGUGACUUCCUGUGCCCUGAACAAAGGUCAUCCAGCAGGGCUCCCACAUCAGUCCACCAGCUCCAGCCCGCUGACAUCAAGGUAGUUGCAGCUCUGGGAGAUUCACUGACUACAGCUUUUGGAGCUGCAGCAACAAACAUCACUAACCUGUCCACAGCUUGGAGGGGACUGUCCUGGAGCAUUGGAGGAGAUGGAAUCUUGGAAACUCACACCACUUUGCCAAAUAUUUUGAAGAAAUUUAACCCCUAUAUCCAUGGAUUUUCCACUGGCACCGAGAAGGAGACAGCUGGACUAAAUGUAGCAGUAGCAGGGGCCGUGGCACAGGACAUGCCAAGCCAGGCCCGUGAACUAGUGGACAGAAUGAGGAACAGCUUGGAAAUCAACUUGGAACAAGACUGGAAGCUGAUCACCAUGUUUGUUGGAAGCAAUGACCUCUGUCAGUACUGUGAAAACCCGGAGAACCAUUCAUUGAAAAAUUAUGUACAGUCUCUCCAACAAGCACUGGACAUCUUUUACAAAGAGCUGCCUCGAACCUUCAUCAACAUUGUAGAAGUGAUGGAGCUGGUUGGUCUGCGCCAGAUACGAGGGGAAGAAUGUGAAGCGACAACUGAAUCAGUUUGCCCUUGCUUCGGACGUUUCCGGGAUAAUUCGCCUGAAUUGCAAGAAAUGAAGAACAUUAAUGGACAAUUCCAGAGUGGCAGUUCAAUGAUCACCUUCAGUCAACAAUACAUGGAACGGGAGGACUUCGCUGUGGUGGUGCAGCCAUUCUUUCAAAACACUAUAGUCCCAUUUGAUGAUAAAGGAAAUCCAGACCUGAGCUUCUUCUCUGUGGAUUGUUUCCACUUCUCUGAGAGGGGACAUGCAGAGAUGGCCAUCGCCCUCUGGAACAACAUGCUGGAACCAGUGGGCCGGAAGCAAACCUACAACAACUUUACCUACAGCCGGACAAAAGUCAAGUGUCCAACCUCUGACAACCCCUACUUCUAUACCUUGCGGAACAGUGGGCUGCUUCAACAGGAAAAGGACAAGUCCUCCAGGGUCCCCUACUGGGCCGUGUUGCUGGCUGCUGCUGGUAGCUUCGUGGCUGGCGUAGUGCUGGUGCUGGUGUGGAGGACCAGGAAAUGCUCCUGGCGGGAAGAGCUUAUAAACCUCAUGUCCACAGUCUUUUAA